CACACACUUUCGAUCUGCCUUUGCAUUAGGAGAGGGAGAGAGGAAGAGCAGAGCGAGCAAUUCCAAUGAGCGAACAAUUAGCAAGAGAUUGCAGGUGAGAGAGCGUGGGAAUGAGAAACGAGAGCAUGGAACGAGCGUCUGCUAAGCCGGUCACGCAUCGCCGUCGCAGUUUUUUCCCCGCCCCCGACCACUUCAGAGGUCAGCCCCGCGUUUCGGUCCGCGAAAAACGGGUUAAUUCGGUAAAUCAAAUGGAAAGAAGUGUCGCGUAUUUGUGCAGUAAAGUGUAGGGUUGGCCAAAAAUGGCCAAAAUUAGUGUUUCAGUGCAAAAAAAUCAGCAGUCCCCGAACAAAAAUGGCGUACAAAAGGCAUGGCGAAAGGAAAAAGGCGUGGCGAGGCGAGGCGAUCGGCGAGGGAAAAAGGCGGCAAUAUAUGCAAGAAAUGUGCAGAAAAGUGUGGAGUAUAAAUGAAAAGUGUAUGAGCGCAGUGCAGCAUUUUUUGUUUUGCGAGUGCUAGAAAUAUCUUUCCAUUUGUCGGGUCUUUCUUUCGUCAUUAUUCCGGAAUCGUUGUGUGUAAACGCAACAACAAAUACCGAGAAAGAAUAACGGUACAAGACGAAGUACAGAAUGAAAUGGAAGAGGAAUAAAUUAAAGAGUUAAAAGUAUCGUCGAGUAUCCUCUAUCGAUUUACUGCCAGGUUGCCUUUGUGGCCUUGAUGUGGAUCAUAAACAUAAAACCACACCACAGCCUUUCAUAAAUAAAGAGCCUUCCAAAAAAGCGGACAACAGGAUGUGAGGAGAUGUGCAAAACAAAAAAAAAAGGAUUUGAAAUUACAUUUUUAAUGCCUGUUGCAGGGGCGCCAAAUGAGCAACACGUGCGCGCUUUAUGUUAAAUAUUUAUAAAAAAAACACACACACACACAAAACACACACACACACCGAAAAAAAAAGUACAGCCACGUCGAAAUUCUAUUAAAUAUUCAUCUUAACGGUUAUGCGACCUCUUCUUCUUCUUCUUCUUCUGUUCAAACAGCGGCUAAAAAAUGAAUGUUUGUUAAUAUUAAAAUGAAUUUAUGUGCCAGAGCCCGAAAGUUUUUAAUUAAGUGAAAAGCCAGGCAAAAAGCACGAAAGAGAGUGAGUGGAAAAGCGAGUGACAGAUAAACGAGAUGUUUGAACAGAAAGCGGCAACAAUUUAUUUGCAUAUUCAAUGCUCAUCUCAUAAGCUGGUGUCAAAGUGAGCUUAGAAUAAUAAUCAACGCUUAGACAGUGCCAUAAGGAUCCGCUACCAGCAAAAGGAAGAGCAACAGUCACAACAACAAACAACAGCAACAAUCAUGACCUUCGCACUGAUGCUCUGGCUGAUUGUCGUGGGAGCCAUGCACUAUACGGACUCCCAUGAGCAUGCAGAUGGUUUUAAACCAGAUGGGGAAAUCCUGCGUGUUUUGGUGAACAGCUCGGCCGAAAUCAAAUGCGAUGUGGGCUCCAGUCUGCCCGAUGACAAAGUCCUUCUGGUUGUCUGGUACAAGAAUAAUUUACCCAUUUACAGCUAUGACACACGUGGCGCCCACGCGGGCACUCCAUCGCAUUGGCGAGACGAGGAGGUCCUCGAGAAUCGGGCCGUCUUUCGCACGCACAAGGAGCCAGCGGAAUUGACUAUAAACCCGGUUAAGGAGAAGGAUGCGGGCAACUUUCGCUGUCGCGUGGACUUCAAGCUAUCGCAGACCCGAAACAGCAAUGUCAAUCUGGAGGUUGUUGUGCCACCGAUGCAGCCGAAUAUCUUUAAUGAACGCCGCAUGAGAAUCGAUUCGAGGGCUGGACCCUAUGAAGAGGGCGGCAGCCUGGAGGUCACCUGCGUCGUCUAUGGAGGUUCUCCACCACCCACUGUCACCUGGCUGAUGAAUGGGCAGCUGCAGAACAGCGUUGUCGAUUACACCUACGAUGGGACCAUCAACAGCAAACUGGUGGUCCGCAACCUGUCACGCAUCCACCAGCAUGCGGUCUACACCUGCCAGGCGAGCAAUUUCCACAAGAAAUACGUGGCCACCAAUAUAACCAUUGAGCUAUACCUGCGUCCCCUUUUGGUGGAAAUCAGCUUCAACAAUCAGCCCAUGUCCGCGGACCGCAAAUACGAGAUCGAGUGCCAGGCGAUUGGCUCUCGACCCCCGGCGAAGAUCACCUGGUGGAUGGGCAAUCUAGAGCUCCACGGGCACAGCCAGAAGGUCUCUGAGGAUGGCAAUGUCAGCACUUCGGUGCUGUCGAUUACACCCACAAGGGAGGACCAUGGCAAGGCCUUGUCCUGUCGCGCCACAAACGAGCUGGUGCGCAAUGGCAUACGGGAAACGGCCAUGAAGCUGAAUGUGUUCUUCAUACCCACAUUGCAGCUGGACCUGGGCUCCAAUCUGAAUCCCGAGGAUAUCGAGGAGGGCGAUGAUGUCUAUUUCGAGUGUAAAGUGCAUGCAAAUCCGGCUGCUUAUAAAGUUGUAUGGAAGCAUAAUCAUCAAAUCAUCCAGCACAAUCAGCGAGCGGGUGUCAUCGUCAGCAGCGGCGACCUGGCCCUCCAGGGCGUCACCCGACAUCAGGCCGGGAACUACACCUGCACUGCCUCGAAUGUCGAGGGCGAUGGCGAUUCAAAUGUUGUCGAACUGAAAGUGAUGUAUAAACCAAUUUGCCGGCCCGAUCAAAAGAAAAUCUAUGGCGUGGCCCGAAACGAGGCCGCCGAAAUCGUUUGCGAAGUGGAUGCCUUUCCGCCGCCGGAGAAUUUCAAGUGGUCGUUCAACAACACUGCCGAAACGUUCGAUAUGCCACAGAGCGGAUUCCGGCCCCAUUCGGCACAGGGCUCGACACUCACCUAUACGCCAGUGAAGGAAAUGGACUUUGGCACCAUCAUGUGCUGGGCGGACAACAAUGUGGGUCAGCAGAAGGAGCCCUGUGUGUUCCAUUUGAUAGCCGCUGGCAAACCGGAAGCGCCCACCAACUGUACGGUGGUCAAUCAGACGUCCGACUCUUUGGAGGUAUACUGCAUCGAAGGCUUCGAUGGCGGCAUGCGGCAGUGGUUCCUCAUGGAAAUCUACGAUCAGCAUAGCGGGCAGCUUCAGGCCAACAUCAGUGCCAAGUUUGCGGCUCUGUCCGUCACGGGCUUGGAUGCGGGCCGACUCUUCCGGAUCUAUGUCUAUGCGGUGAAUGGACGCGGACGCAGCGAUGGGGUGGCCCUCGAUGGCUAUACCCUCAAGGCCGCUGAAAAGCAGACGGUCGCCCUCACCUCGUACAAGGGCAGUGCCCAGAGUCCGGACAACUUUGAGCUAACGCCGAUCCUCUCGAUUGGCAUCUUUGUGGGCAUACUGGUGGCCAUCGUUUGCAUUGGCAUUGGCACAAUUGCCGCACUGAAGCUGCGCUCGCACAAGCACCAACAGCAGCAGAAAUUUGUACAUCCCAAUGCGAAAUUCUCACGUCCCGGCAAUUUACAAAUUAAGGAUAAAAUCUCAUUGCCAUUGAGUCACUCCGAGGAGAUGUACGACGAGAAGAAUCCCGAUGUUGUGCCCUACAAUGAGGUGGAUGGUGAAUAUAAACAAAAAUCAGCAACACAAACGCCAUCGGGACAUCUUUCGACAACCAGCGAGGUGGAAAUCAGCUGCAAGCCAGGCUCAACAUCCGGUGGCACCGGCAACAUCGUCGGUGGCGCCUCCACGGCCAACAACUCCAACGACAGUGGCACCUAUCAGAGCAGCAAGGACGAUGAGCUGCACUAUGCCGAGCUAUCGCUGAAUCAGGUGCCCGCCACUAGCUCCAAGAAGGGCCAGCCAUGUGCCACACAGGGGCAGGGGCAGGGGCAACAGCAGGGGCAACAGCAGGGUCAGGGGCAGGGGCAGGCCCCGGGCCAGGGGCAGGGACAGGGCGUGAUGGGCGGCACCCUGCCGCAUGGCUCUAGCAUGCGCAAGCUGUUGCCCAGCAUCCCGGCCACGGCCACGCUGCAGAGGCACAAACCGAAUGCGGGCGGCAUGCAGCAUCCACAUCAGCACGCUCCGGCGCCCACAUACGAUUACGAUUACUUUGAGGAGCCGACGAUAUACGCCCAGAUCGACGCAUACAAGACACGGGGCGGCGCCACGGCAGCCGGAAGUGACAGACAGAUGCAGAUGCCCCUGCAGAUGCAGAUGCAGGUGGACACUGGCGGCGGCGGCGGCGGCGCCGGACCUGGCCCGGGCGGAGUCGUCUUUCCGCCGUGCAUCUCAUCGCCGGGCUCGCACGGCACUCCAUCGACCGUGUCGCCGGGCACGGUGCAAAUGUACACGCUGCCCUCCCAUCCCGGUGGCUAUCACACUCUGCCACAUAAUCACCAUCAGCAGCAGGGGCAGGGACCCCAGAACUCCGCUUCGAUGAUGCAAAUGAUGCAGCAGCAGCAGCAGCAGCAACAGUUGCAGCAUCAUCAUCCUGCUGGCAACAUGCCCAUGCCGCCAUCCUACCAGCAGCACCAGCAGCAGCAGCAACAGCAGCAGCAGCAGCAGAUGGUCCACGGCCAGAUGCUCGUCUCGAGCAACAGCAGCGGAUUGGCCUCCACAACGGCGGCGGUGGCCAGUCCCAGCAGCUCCCUUUCGGGCCUCUCCGGUGUGGGGGGCAAGUCCUAUUCGCGCGAGAUAGUCACUGUGCGCACACCGCUCAUGUAUUCGCAGCAGGAGAGCUGUGUUUAAGUGCCCCAAGCCCCUUAAGUCCUCCCUUUCUCCCUUCACCUCCCCCAAAAAUGAUAGUUAUCUAAGUCUUGAGCUCUUUGUGGUUUGUGUCUAGACUUAAGCGUUGCCAAAACGAAUUGAAUUAAAGAAUUGAAUUGAAUUGAACUAAAAAGGAAUCAGGAUUAGGAGCAGUCUCUCCCAAAAGCGACUCGAGGAGAGGCAUAAAUAAAUCAAAAUUGAUUAACAAAAAGCGAGAAGAGGGCCAGCGCCUGGCAUAAUUUAUGGCAAUUCAUUUUCGAUUCCACAAUAAAUUGCGUAAAACACGAAUUUGUGAAAAUCCGGCGGAAAACAAAAGCUACGCCAUCACUUUUUGGAGAGUGGGAAUUUUUCCAGAAUUUUUAAGCCUAAGAAAAGGCACUCCAAGAAGUCUCCAGGUAUCGUUUGAGAAUAAUAGAGAAGCAGAAGAAUGUUCCUUCCUUACAGUAAGUACUCGAAAAUGAACAAACAGUUCAUGGCAUACACAGCAUAUAUAUUUUUCCACACCCAAAAUAUAUGUAUCUGAUCUGAGAAAUUUCCAGCAAAUUUUGUAAAUGUUUUUUGUAAAUGUAUAAAGUUGGUCAACAAUUUCUAGCAAUUAGGCUCAAAAGAAAAACGCAUAAAUCUAGUAAAUAUACUAACACAUAUACUAAAUAAUAGACUAACACACACACACACACACACAGACAGGAAGACAGAAAACCAGAGAUAUUAAGAGAGAGCAAAACUUCUUGGCAAUUAUAUAUUGAAGAUAAAUUACAUUAUUCGAAUCUAAUGGAUACACACACACACACACACACACACAAAUUAGCUGCAAAUUAGCUUAGUGCAUGAAAUGAGAGAAAUACCAAGUAUUAAAACGUGUAUAUAACAACAACAACAAAUCGUAAAUCAAAUUUAUAUAUCUGUAUAUUUUACAAAAAUCAAACAGCAAAAUGAAUGUGAAAUUAGCAGCACACAUUCCCAAACAAAAACAAAAACAAAAGCAACAACAAAAAAAGACUAUAAAUAUUUCGUUGCAAGAAUAAAAUGAAAACUAUUGUUGUUUGUAAAUUGCAUUUAUAUGUGUACUAUAUCAAAAUGUACUAUAUUUUAUUUGUUCUCCUUCGAAUGUGUGUGUAUAAAUCAAUGCACCUUGUAAAUUAUUGUUACAUUUUAAUGUUUAAAGGGACAAAAAAUGUUAAACUGUAAAACGGAAAAGAUCAAAUGCAAUUCUCUAAAAACUCUAGCAAAAAGAAAGAAAGAAAGAAAGAAAAACAAAAACCAAAAUAAAAGUGAUUUCUCUUGCAUCAAUUAGAAACGGAAAAACAAAAGAACUCACAAUAUUGUACCACAUAAGGAAUUCAUCUAACAUUUACGCGUACAUUUCUGCAUGUAAGUGUUUCCAGAAAACAAAACAAAAAAACCACUAAAAAAAAUAUAUAUAAACCUAACGAUAAGUGUAGCUAAUUCUAGCAUCUAAAAAAAAAACAAAAACUAAAACAUAAAGAUAAUUGUAAAAUAUAUUAAAGAUUUAGUUUAAAAGAAAACAAAAAAAAACAAAGCAUAUAAUCGAUAAAUGAAUUAUGAAUGUAUGUUACGAUUAAGCACUCGAAAUGAUACGGAAAAUGAAUCCAAACCCUAAAUUCCCAAAAUGAAUCCAAAGAGAAAUACAAGGAAUACAAUAAAAACCAAAAAAAAAAAAAAAAAAAACUGAAU